AUGUAUCUCCCACGAUCCCUCGUAUCCAAACUUUACCUACAUCUUCAAAACACACGACACCCGCUUUCGCCUCCUGUCCUCAUCCUCGUCGCCCUCGAACCCGAUGCUCUUUGCGCAUCUCGAAUCUUGACACGCUUAUUGAAGCACGACUAUAUUCCUCACAAAAUUCAGCCUGUCUCCGGAUAUGCUGAUCUCGAACGCGCCGGCCAGGAUCUGGUCCGGCCCAUGAUGGAGACCCAGGGAGGUAGCGGGGGAGUUGUUGUGUGUCUAGGCGUAGGCGGAAUGGUCGACCUCGGUACUUUACUUGGUCUGGAGCCCGAGGGAGAGGAAUUGACCUUUGGUGGAGUCGAAGUCUGGGUUAUAGACUCUCAUCGCCCCUGGAACCUAGGCAAUGUUUUUGGCGGAUAUCCUCUCGAGCCUGUCGUGGAGGAGAGCGCAUCGCUUCAAACGCGUUGUCCAACGGGCGUAUCAGCUGGCCGAAUCGACCGAUCUUAUCAACCUGGAAAGGGUGGUAUUGUCGUUUUUGACGAUGGUGACAUCGAGGACGACUUGAACACCGAAAAAGAAGCAUAUCUCGCUCUUCUCGACAUGCCAGAAAUUGACGAUGAUGGCGAAUAUAUGGGACACGAAGAAGAAGAAGACGACGAGGACUUAUUUGAGGAGUCUGUUCACGCCGGCCAGAAGAGGAAGAGUUGGUCAGACCGUGACGAGGAAGAUGGCUCCAGUGACACAGACGACCGACCUCGGCAGCGUAGACGUAGCAACUCUUCUUCUCCUGUCCCCUCGUCACCACAGCGACCGGCUCACAGAGGGUUAAUGUCCCUCCGUGACGCUGACAUGGUGCUGUCUAGCGACCCCCUGGAGCCUCCAUCUGCUGCGCAGCCACCUCCUGCACCAUCUGCUCGGACUUUACGACGCCGUUUACUGCGGCUACGAAGAGAGAAGGAGGGCAUCAUCCGCAAGUACUACAAGAUUGGUGCCUCGUUCUCGGAACCAAUAUCAUCCAUGAUGUAUUCUUUGGCCUCGGAGCUCGGUCGAGAAGACAACGAUUUGCUGUGGCUGGCCAUUGUUGGCGUCACUUCAAUGGAACUUUACGGCAGAUCUUCUGCAGGCAUUGCGGUCCCAGUCCGCAGCUCAGACCGAGGCCAAGGGAACGGCUGGAUGGGAGUGCGUGGCGCCCGCAUCCGUCAGCUACUGAGAGAUGAAGUACGGCGUCUUAACCCUCCGGAAGUCACCAACGUCCGGACACUAGCCGACAACUCUGGCAUUAUCCCGACCACUGCCCGGAGCCCCGAAGACACAAGCAUAAGAUUGUCUCCAGAACCCAAAUUCCUUCUUAUUAGACACUGGAGUCUCUACGACAGUAUGCUUCACUCACCCUAUCUUUUUGCAAGGCUGAAGACGUGGAGUGAGACGGGCUUGAAGCGCCUGCACAAGCUCUUGGCUAAGAUGGGCGUCAGUCUGGUCCAAUGUAAGCAGAGCUACACUCAUAUGGACAUGAUGCUCAAGCGUGAACUCCGAGCAAAGCUUCUUAAGUAUGCUUCUCUCUACAAUUUGGAUGACAUGGUUCCCUCGGUCGAUACAGACGGCAGAGACCGCGCUGGUGCCAAAGACGGAUGGGGUUUCGUUCGAAGCUGGGGUUGGCGAGCGACCCUGAGCGCACAGGACGUUGGCGUUGUUAUUGGUGCGUUGCUGGAAGUUGGUAAGCAUGCGGAUGUUACAGAAGGGACACACUCAGCCAAAGAUUCUCAAAUAGAGGAGAACGAUGAGGAUGCCAUCAAUGCGCAAGGCGAAGAGUGGGUUCGACGAUUCUGGGAAGCUUAUGACGCCCUGGAGGACAUUGAUGCUCUUAAGGCAGGGUUGCCGACUGCUCAGUUCCUCCACCGUGCGAUUUACCGCACCGGCACAUCAUUAAUCAACAAGAAGCAGAUCAAGCAUCUGAGGGCGUUUCGCAUGUGCGUUGUCAAAGAGGGUCCCGAUGUUCCUAUCUUCGGCCACCCUGCUGCCCUCACCAAGCUUGCACUCUGGGUUGGAGAAGCUCUGGUCGAGCAGGAAAAAGAUACCACAGGUCGUCUUUCACACGGAGGUCGCGGCACACCACUUGUUGUUGCCAGUCUAAAUGAUAAGCGCGGAGUUUAUCUAGUCGUCGGUACAGGUGGAGGUGGAGGACCUGACACAACGUUCCUCGACCGAGAAGCAACCAAGAAACGGCAAGCAGCCAAGGAGGAGAGGGCUAAGAAACGAGAGGAUUCGCGACGGAACAAGCAGAAGAUUCGCGAAGAAAAGAGAGCUGCCCGCCAAACGGAUGAGGAGGAAGAUGACGAUGAAUUGGAUACUGAAUCAGAGGCAUCAGAUGGCUCUGAUUCGGAUGAAGACGAAGAAGAGCUAGUCAGAGAUAAGGGGUACGGCCUGAACCGGUUUGGCUCCGCAUUUCAGGAAGUUGUUGCGGAGACGAACGCUCGGGUUCGAAUAGACAGUUUCGAGCAUUGCGUGGUGGAGGUAAAGAAAGAGGAUCUCGGAGGGUUCUUGGAGAGCUUGAGCAUGAAAGCUGUGGUCGGCUAA